AGGUGGAGAGGGAAGCGUGCGCGCGCAGCCUCAGGCUCCUCCCCCUCCCCCCUGGCCGGCCCGCAGCCCGCGGCACACGCGCGCGCCGCGGGCAUGGAUCUCGUCGGCACCAAGGUGUUGGUGCUCGUCUUGCUGGGGGCGCUGCGGCUGGCGUGCGGGCUGCUGCCCCUGGCCGUCACCACGCGCCUGGGGCUCAAGGGGCCGCUGCGCCACGGCAAGAUGGAGGCCUUCAUAUCAUACUUCCUGUGCUUUGGCGGCGGAGUGCUGAUAGCGACCAGCUUCAUACACAUCAUACCCGAGGUAAGGGAGGCCAUGGACGCCAUCAGGACGAAGGGCGACAGCAUCAUCCCCAAGGACUCGGUGUUCCCGUGGGGGGAGCUGUGCAUCUGCGCGGGCUUCUUCCUCGUGUACCUUCUGGAGGAGGUGGUGCACCGGCUGUUCGACGCGCCGCACGAGGAGGUCCGGCAGGAGGUCGCGCCGGCGGGGAAGACGGUCGGCAAGAUCGUGCCCACCACGUCGCAGGUCCACCUGCUGGUCUCGUCCUUGUCCAUCGACAGGCUGGCCAAGGACUCGCCGCAGGUGCUGCCGCCUGUCGGAGGAGGAGAGGAAGGUGUGACCCACCACCACCACCACCACCACUGUCGGGUGCACGACACCGGGGAGGCGCCCACGCCGGACCGCGCGCCGCAGAGCGUGGCGGAGAGCCUCCGGGGACUGCUGGUGGUCGUCGCGCUCCGACGGCGCGCGACACGUGGUACCUGUUCGCCGCCGUGGCGGUGCACACGGCCGCGCUGCUGA